AUGGAUAAUUUAUUAAGCAGCUUAGAAAAUAUCGAAGUUGACAAUAUCUUAAAAACUGCAAGAGAGUUUAAAGAAGAUACGUGUGAAGGAAAAAUAAAUUUAUCUAUUGGAGUGUGUUGUAAUGAUGAUGGAUCUUUACAUAUAUUUGAUAGUGUAUUAGAUGCAGAUAAAUUAGUAACAGAAAAUUAUAAAGAGAAACCAUAUCUGUUAGGAAACGGUACAGAAGAUUUUUCAACGUUAACACAAAAUUUAAUAUUUGGUGAUAAGUCAAAAUAUAUGAAAGAAAAAAAAAUAUGUACAAUUCAAUGUAUAGGAGGUACUGGUGCCAUAUUUGUUUUAUUAGAGUUUUUAAAAAUUUUAAAUGUUAAAACUGUGUAUGUUACUAAUCCACCUUAUAUUAAUCAUGUUAAUAUGAUAGAAUCAAGAGGAUUUAAUUUAAAAUAUAUAAAUUUUUUUGAUUAUAAUUUGAUAGAUAUAAAUUAUGAUUUGUUUCUAAAUGAUCUUAGAAAUAUACCUAAUGGAUCAUCAAUUAUAUUACAAAUAUCAUGUUAUAAUCCAUGUAGUGUUAAUAUUGAAGAAAAAUAUUUUGAUGAAAUCAUACAAAUUGUUUUAGAGAAGAAACAUGUUAUUAUCUUUGAUAUAGCUUAUCAAGGAUUUGGUCAUACAAAUUUAGAAGAAGAUGUUUUACUUAUUAGAAAGUUUGAAGAAAAAAAUAUCUCUUUUUCUGUUUGCCAAUCCUUUUCAAAAAAUAUGUCUCUUUAUGGAGAAAGAGCAGGGGCUCUUCAUGUCGUUUGUAAAAAUGAUGAAGAAAAAAAUAUCGUUUUUAAUAAUUUAUGUUUUAUAGUACGUAAAUUCUAUUCUACUCCUGUUAUUCAUACAAAUCGUAUUCUAUGCCAACUUUUAGAAAAUCAAAAUUUAAAAUUAAAUUGGAUUAAAGAACUUAGUCAAUUAUCACAACGUAUUACGAAUAAUAGAAUCUUAUUCUUUAAUAAAUUAGAAACCUAUCAAAAAAAAUAUAAUCUAAAUUAUGAUUGGAAUGUUUAUAAAAAACAAAGAGGACUUUUUUCAUUUGUUCCUCUACUAGCCAAAAUUUCUGAACAUUUAAAAACACAUCACAUUUAUAUAAUUAAUAAUGGUAGAAUAAAUGUCUCCGGAAUAACCAAAAAUAAUGUCGACUAUAUAGCUGACAAAAUUUGUCUCUCGCUAAGUCAAAUAUGA